AUGGCAUACGAGAAUCCCACCAAUAACAUUGCCUUACCGCUAGCAUUUCAAGCUGCGGCUAGUGUAGAAGGCUCUUUUCAACUCUUCUUUUUAUUUGAUUAUGCGGGGAAUGGUCCCUGGUCUAAGGCCGUGGUGGCUGCACUGAUCCUCCAAUACAGCAGCCACUCGUUAUACUAUCUAUACAACUCUCAGCCUUUCGUCUCAACCUUUGAGGGACCUGCAAAUGCAGAGGACUGGACCAUAAUUAAAGAGCAAACAGGCUGUUUCUUUGUCCCAGACUGGUCCUCUCUCGGAGCCAAAGAGGCCCUAGAGGCCGGCGGGGGAGGCAUCGUCGACGCCCUUUUUAGCUGGGCGGCUGGGCAGGCUCUUCCCUAUAUGAUGCCGGUUUCUCCGUGGUUCUACACAGAUCUACCGGGCUAUAAGAAGAAUUGGCUGUGGCGCGAUAAUGCCAUGGCAGCGUUUCAGAUUGGUGAAGCGUCCUACAACUAUGUGACUGGAAUGCCCCAUGAUGCCUGGCGUGACCUCCUGCCGUACGUGGCUGACACCUACAAGGACUCAAUCGCCACGGUUUACACCGAGACCCUAGUGGUGUGGUAUCGUGUGCAGCCGGUCUCGGCCGAGCUGCAGCUUGAGUUCACCCCAGCCGAAGUACUGACGGAUAUGGUGUUCUUCUCUGCGCUCUUAGAAGAUACGGCGGACAUCGCGGUGACAAUCGGUGGGGUGUCAGUGGAGGCCGUCUGGCGGAACGUUUUCAACGAGAAAGGCCCUCAGACGGGCCUGUACCAUGGACAAGCUCCAUUUGGUGGACAUACUGGGGAAGUGGUUGUUACCAUUUCCAGGGAUGGAACAACAAUUGCCCAGGUGGCUGGUGAGACUAUUAGCACAAGCUCGGCUAAGGCGUCCACCAGCGUGAACGCCAUCACCCCGGUUCUCCUAGACAAUCAGGUGUGUAUCAAUGGCACCGGGGCAAACAACUUUGCUGGCUUGUGCGAGUUUGCUUGUAUGUACGGUUACUGUCCCGUCAGUGCAUGUACGUGCCUGGAUAUGGGGGUCCAAAAAACGCUACCCAAUGCCACCGGUGUGCAGGGCUAUCCACUCGAGGGCCUGGACGCCAGUUAUAGUGGUCUCUGCAGUUUCGACUGUAACUACGGAUUCUGUUCUGACACAGCCUGUGCCACCGUCUCGGCACCGCUGUCCGUGCCCACCGUCUCUGACUUUGAUCCUCCGGCUUGUGUGUCAGGGACAGGGAGCGGCAACCUGGCGGGGCUGUGCAGUUUCAGCUGUGCCUUCGGCUUCUGCCCUAUCAACGCCUGUACAUGUACCGGCCAAGGUGCUUUGACGGUCAAAAACCCAACCUCGUCGGACGUGGGAGUGGCCAUUGACCCGAAAGAUAAAGCUAUCUAUGGUCCACUGUGUGAAUUCGCCUGCCAGCGCGGCUACUGUCCCGAAGGCGCCUGCAAAAUCGCCUUAAGCUCUUCCUCUUCGUCCUCUUCUUCGUCGUCAUCAUCAUCGUCGGACACAGCCAGCGAUGAUGAUGGCAACAACAUAGUCUACAUCGAUUCCACUAUCUGGGGAAGUCCAUCACCCACUCAUUACACCCCCAGCGACUGUGAUAACUCUUGGACCCUGGGAAGCUCCCAUUCCCCCCAGUGUGACCCUAUACCCGACCUCAAAUCCCUCCGACACCAACAAUCCUUCCUCCAGCAAGUCGUCUUCAACCUCGCAUACGCCGGCCCUUAUUGUCUUCCCCAGCACCUCUCAUCCAGUGAUCGUUCAGCCGCAGCCUACCGUCUCAAUCGACUACCCACGCGUAACCCCACCAACCGUGCACUAUACUCAUGGCAGUGA